AAAAUCAGUGCGAACCAUUAUUCUCUGGUCAUUUCUGCCUGGCGGUCAACACAGAGAGCCUUGCGGAGAAAAAACACUCCAAAUCGAACUACAUCUAAACAUUAAUAAAGCAUUGACGGGCUAACGACGAUAUGAAGUGUUUCAUCCUUCUGCUCUUAAGCAUAAGCCUUCAUGCUGCAUCUGCAGCUAUGCAUUCACUGCGUUAUGUGUACACUGCGACCUCCGGAAUGCCAGACUUCCCAGAGUUUGUGACUGUUGGGUUGGUGAAUGGAGAACCCAUCUCGUACUAUGACAGCAUCAUCCGCAGAGAAACUCCCCGACAGGACUGGAUGAAAGAAGCGGUUGACCCUGAUUACUGGAAUAGAAACACUCAGACUUCCAUUGGCGACGAGCAGACCUUCAAAGCCAACAUUGAUGUUGCCAAGCAACGCUUCAAUCAGACUGGAGGUGUGCACGUUUACCAGAAUAUGUAUGGAUGUGAGUGGGAUGAUGAGGCUGGAGUCACAGAGGGGUUUGAUCAGUAUGGAUAUGAUGGAGAGGAUUUCUUAGCAUUUGACCUGAAGACAUUGAAAUGGAUCGCCCCAACGCCACAGGCAGUCAUCACCAAACUCAAGUGGGAUAAUAACAUGGCUCAGAUACAGCAGGAUAAACAUUACCUCACCCAGACCUGCAUUGAGUGGCUGAAGAAGUAUCUGGACUAUGGGAAGAGCACUCUGAUGAGGACAGUCCCUCCGUCAGUGUCUCUGCUCCAGAAGACCCCCUCCUCUCCAGUGACCUGCCACGCGACAGGUUUCUACCCCAGUGGAGUCAUGGUGUCCUGGCAGAAAGACGGACAAGAUCACCAUGAAGAUGUGGAGUACGGAGAGACUCUCCAGAACGAUGACGGAACCUUCCAGAAAAGCUCCCACCUGACAGUGACACCUGAGGAGUGGAAGAACAACAAGUAUCAGUGUGUAGUUCAAGUCACGGGUGUCAAGGAGGACUUCAUCAAGGUUCUGACUGAGUCUGAGAUCAAGACCAACUGGGGAAACACCAACAUCGGCUUUGUUCCGGCCAACACUUCCGAUGUUGGUUCCAACUCCUCCCACAACACUGCUCCAAAGGAAUGAGGUUUCUCUCUGACUAAUCAAACAGGGGAGAAUCACAGACAAGAGAAGAAAGACGGUGAACUCUUCUAGAAUUUGAGUCAAAGAAAUGUGCAUCCAUGAACAGACACCUUUCUCUAAAACAGCCCUAUAUGGUGAUAAUGUUUUAUAACUAAUAACUGCAAAACUAAACUCUACAAUGACAAAAAAAUGUUUAAUUUUUUUUACAGUAACUGGGUCUGUUAAUGACGUUAUUGGUGUUUAAACUAUACUGAACAAAAAUAUAAACACAACAUGCAACAAUUUCAAAAAUUGUACUGAGUUACAGUUCAUAUAAGGAAAUCAGUCAAUUGAAAUAAAUUCAUUGGGCCCUAAUCUAUGGAUUUCACAUGACUGGGAAUACAGAUAUGCAUCUGUUGGACACAGAUACCUUUAAAAAAUGGGCAUCACAAUGGGCCUCGGGAUCUCGUUGCGGUAUUUCUGUGCAUUCAAAUUGUCAUCGAUAAAAUGCAAUUGUGUUCAUUGUCCGUAAUUUAUGCCUGCCCAUACCAUAACCCCAUGGUGCACUCUGUUCAGCAAACCGCUUGCCCACAGAACGCCAUACACGUACGUGCUAUACCAUUGUGAGGCUGGUUGGACGUAUUGCCAAAUUCUCUAAAAUGAUGUUGGAGCGGCUUAUGGUAGCGAAAUUAACAUUCAAUUCUCUGGCAACAUCUCUAGUCGACAUUCCUGCAAUCAGCAUGCCAAUUACACGCUCCCUCAAAACUUAAGACAUCUGUGACAUCUGUUGUGUGACAAACCUGCACAUUUUAGAGUGGCCUUUUUAGAGUGGUCACCAACACAAGGUGCACCUGUGUAAUGAUCAUGCUAUUUAAUCAGCUUCUUGAUAUGCCACACUUGUCAGGUGGAUGGAUUAUCUUGGCAAAGGAGAAAUGCUCACUAACAGGGAUGUAAACACAUUUGUGUACAAUUUGAGAGAAAUAAUCUUUUUGUGCAUUUGGAAAAUUUCAAGGAUAUUUUAUUUCAGCUCAUGAAACAUGGGACCAACACUUUACAUGUUGUGUUUCUAUUUUUGUUUAGUGUAGUAUUGAAAUGCAAAAAAAAUCUGUAAUUUUAUAUUCACUUAAAUAGUUUUUCUAUUGGUUCAUUAACAUUUUUUUGCUGUAUUUCUGUUUUUGCUUCAUUUUUAUUUACAUUCUGUACAUAUUAUAUAUAGCAGGAUGUGUCUUCUCGAUGGCGAUGUGAUGAUUUCACCCACAUUUUGAACAGAAAUGACAAGUUAUAUGAAAACUACUGGACAAAGAGUUUUCACUUUUGCUAACAUGUAACAUUGAAGUUGUUAGAUGUUACAAACUAAUUGCUAAAGUUAUGCUGUGCCACACUGUCAACACCCUGGAAUAAGGAAUAUAUCACUACUGUCAUAAUAAUAGACAAUAUUAAUAACUACAAGCUUUUUGAAGCUUUUGGAUUUUUCUGCUACACAGGUUUACCAAUCAAAAAGUGGAAAUCUGGAAAGUGAUUACAUCAAUGUAAAACUAGUAAUAAAGCUAUAAUGAUGCCACCUUUUUAGCAUAAAAACAUA